CGUCUGUGUAAUUGUGAAGGGAUGCUGCGUUUUUACUGUACGCCACACAUACGUUGUACACGUAUUAGAAAAAUGCAGCUAAAUAAAAUAAUCACCGAGGGGAGCCUGUUGGUUGGCUAUGCAAGCGGGGCGACCACCAGGGGGCGACAGAAUGCAGCGCGCCGGUGGCGGAGGGAAGCCGAAGAGGGCCGCUUCCGGCCGCUGCGCCCGUUACCAAAAUGGCCGAUGCAGCUUCACGGGGCGGUGCAAGAAGAGGCGGCCAAGGAUCGCAGACAGGAUGUUGCGGACGUCGCUGAGCCGCACGCCGACACUAUUUCGUAGUGUGUGGACCCGGGAUUCCGGACCGCGGCGGCUUUGGGAUUUGGGGGGUCGCCUAAAGACCGCGGAGAGACUUCGGGGCUGGGCCUGGGGCUGGCGGAGCUCGAGCUCCGCGCCGGGAUCAGGGCGUGCGGCGGCGCUGGGGCGCGUGCAAGUGGACCACUAUCAACUCGUCUACACCUGCAAGGUCUGUGGGACUCGGUCAUCCAAGCGCAUCUCAAAGUUGGCCUAUCACCAGGGUGUGGUCAUCGUGACUUGCCCUGGUUGCCAGAACCACCAUAUCAUCGCAGACAACCUAAGCUGGUUCUCUGACCUGAAGGGGAAGAGGAACAUUGAAGAGAUCCUAGCAGCCAGAGGAGAGGAGGUACGCCGGGUGUCUGGUGACGGUGCCCUGGAACUGAUUCUGGAGGCUGCUGAACCACCUGCCACCCCAGAAGGGGGUGAGGAUCCCCCCCACCCUGGCAAGAUGGAACAGAGCUGACCUGUACACUCCUGCAGCUAUGGACUCCAGUCUUCCCAAAAGUCACUCCCUUCACUUGGAGCCUCUCAAGCCUGCUCUUCCUUGUCAGUAAACAGCCAUCGCCUCCAGGUGCUGGGCCUGGGCUCCUGUUUUUCUCUUCUGAAAUCGGAACAACUCUGUGGCUGUAGGAGCCCAGCCUCAUGACCACCCAACUCUUCAGGGGUGGCUCUGUCCCGUGCAGUAGUUCUCUUUUCUAAGUAGGGCUGGAUCUGGUGUUCAGUUGGCCUUGGGUGGUUCUUGUUCCUCAGAGCACUUUGCUACUUCCUCCUACGUUACCUGCCUUCCCCUGGCUUGCACUGGUGGCUUCUGUUGUGUGAGCUAGUGUCCAGCCCAGCCCAGCCCUGAGGCUUGGCUUUUGUAGCAGAACUGGCUGCUCUGGGUGGCCGUAGACACGCAGAGCGCUGCUCAGAGGCUAAGGAGAGUGAUCCAGGCAGAGACACUCCACACAUAUACAUCCCACCCCACCCUCACGAGCUGCCUACACCUCUCAAUUCUUCGUUCUGUUUGGAGGUAACAGGAGAUGUGUGGAAGUGAUGAGGGCCACAUCAUGUUUGCCUUGGUGUGUGUGCUUCAUCUCCUGACUUUGUCUGACAUGCCUUCGGGAUAUUCUUGUGGUUAGGAAGUCAAGCAGAAGCACAAACUGGCUUUUUUCGGGAGUUUCUGGGCCCUGUGACCUUCAACAUUAAUCAGCAGUCCAUCUGGCUGGGGAAAACGUGGGACAGGAGGGUGGAGAAGGCAGUUGACAGUGACAACGCAUCCCUGGCUCCUGGGACCCCAGCUAGUGAUUAGCAGUUCACCCUGGGCCGUGGGAGGCCAGGUGCACUUGCAGUCUAUGCCUUCAUUCGAUUACCCCCUGUCCUUCCCUUGGCAAACACCCUGCUAUUAUCCCCA